CGACCAGCGUGGCGUGUUCCCUACGAAAUGUUUGACCUUCUCCUCACUUGGCUUUUCACUCAUCCGAGAAAUUUGCUCAUCGAAGUGCUACGCCAAUAAUCACAGUGCCAUGUCCUCUCCUCCUGCGCCUGCACCAAUCUCGUCGUCUGACCAGGCUACUCAGACAUCGCCUUCAGUUGCAGAUGCAAACACGCCAGAACAACCGCUUGAGCCGGCUGCCCCCCCUCAACUUGAUCAUGAAACGGUAGAUGACGAUGAUUCUGCCGUGAGCGCCGGAGUCGACUCAUCGACGGCAUCUGUUGCUUCGAGUAUCUUGGAGUACCGAAAGUUCAAGGGAAGGUCGUAUCAUUCUACCUACCACGAUAGUAGCUAUCCGAUUCCCACUGACGAGCAGACCCUCGAGAACUUUGAUCUAAUGCACCACUUCUUGACACUACUCACUGACGAUAAGCUGUAUCUGGCACCUAUAAAGGACGAUGUUCAGAAAGUACUAGAUGUUGGUACGGGAACAGGAAUUUGGGCAAUAGACUAUGCUGAUGAGCACCCAAAUACCGCUGUCAUCGGUACAGACUUGUCCGCUGUACAGCCAGACUGGGUGCCCCCCAAUCUCAAGUUCGAGAUCGAUGACUGCACUAAGCCCUGGACUUGGGACGCAAAUACCUUUGAUUUUGUGCAUAUGCGUUACUUGUUUGGUGCUAUUCGAGACUGGACUGCACUCUUCAAAGAGGCAUACAAUGCAGUCAAGCCAGGAGGUUGGGUCGAGUCCUGUGAGUCCGAGCCCAUGACACAUAGCGACGAUGGCACCGUGACCAAUGACGGAUCAACCGCUCUGGGAGGAACCUGGGAUAAGAUGUUCAUUGAGGGAGGCAAAGCAACCGGAUGCUCUUUGUCUGUCCUCACGGAAGAUCUCCAGAUGAAGGCUAUGAAAGAAGCUGGCUUCGUGGAUAUCCAGGAAACAUUCUACAAGAUCCCGUUCGGUUCAUGGCCCAAAGAUCCCAAGAUGGCGGAGAUCGGCCAGUAUGCGAAGCUCAGUCUAGAAUCUGACCUUGUUGGCUAUUCACAAAUGAUUUGGCAUGAAGUUCUGAAUUGGCCAGCCGAGGAGUAUCAGAUUUUCCUCAUGCAGGUACGAAAGGAUCUUAGGAACAAGAAACUUCACCCUUACUUCAAGGUUCGCUUUGUCUGGGGCCGCAAACCUGAGACCGAACAGAAGUGAGCGUCUCAGAAUAAUCAAAAGAGGGGUGUUUGUUUUGGGGGAGUAACUAGUACUGCAGAUGGUGAAAAACGCUGGGCUGUCCAGAUCAGAAAAUCAACUACAGACAUUACAGAUUACACUAUCACAAUUUCAUGGCUCUGAAGAAUCUCAGCAUGUUGCAAGAAUAAACAAUCUUUUCUGAUAUCAUGCGCUUUCCAGUUGCUA